GAAUUAUUCCAUGCGGACUGCCUAGAACAGCGAGAUAAGCCACUAACCCGACGUUAGUCUCCUUGAGAGGAACGCGUCUCCGAGUCGCGUUUACAGGGGUCCUGCGUAUAAGACAAUUCGGCAUUGAAUACUCAUGCGGCCUACAUGGGACAGCGAGUAUUCACCGGUUGUAUGUACUUGGUUUUUUUUGGGGGGGUGUUUUUUUUUGGUAGCCUCAAUUACUUCACUAUCUCGUGAUUGACAACCAACAACCCUCUUUCUGGAUAAUUGUAAACCUAUCUUCUGUUCCGCAGUUGGCCAUAGAAAGACCAUGGCGCGCACACGCUCCAGAGGCGGCGCAACCUCCGGGACCUCCAAGUCUACCACAAAAUCACAGCCAUCCUCCACCACAGAAUCGAGAUACACCCUGCCACCAGAAUCCGCGAACCCGCCUAAAAUCUUCAUCUUGCCCACGAGAGCCACCCCAGAAGCCCGCGUCGUCUCUCUGCUGAACCCACGCUAUGGCAAGCCCACCCGGUACCUGGCAUGUCCGGAGACGGGCAUCUACGAGUUUACCAAGAUCGCGGCGCCGCAAAGCACGCCGCGGAGCUGGCUGAUCGAAGAUGGCAGCAAGAACCAGGACUCGGCCUCGGCCUCGGCGGGCAAGGAAGAAGGAGAGGCUGCCCGAGACCCCGACGCCAACUUUGGCGCAUACGUAACAAAAGGGGCAGACCUGUUCAUCGCAACGCCCAUCGACCCCCUAUUCAUGGUCCUCCCAGCGCUGGUCGGACAACCCUCGACCUCUAGGCCGGAGAAGAAACUCUUCCUGACGAGCGACGAUCACUUCGAUGCGGUGGCGCGGGAGUCGUCGCCGCACUUCUCCGAGAUCCUGCGAUGGGGCACCUUGCGGCAGCUGCUGGAAUCGCGCAUGGCCGCCAUAUGCGACACGGUGGACGCCGGCGACGAGUCGAUGUAUAGGCUGAGCGAAGAGAAGCUUCUACAGAAGCUGCUGGACAAGGCGAGACAGGUGAGCAAAGACGGCCUGCCGACGAGUAUGGAGGAGAAGUUUGUCGCCAAGGCCCUCGAGGCACCCAUGCUCAGCGUGAAGAGAGAGGCUGCGCCGACGGGAAAGUGUGAGCCGGCCACGGAUUCGAGCGCUUCUACACCGAAAACCGAGGCGGUGGAGACCCAGUCGUCAGUCUCCUCCACAGACACUACCUCGACCCGAGUAUCGGAAGCGUCCACGGCUGCGACCUCGGUAGCGGCUGAGGAGGAAACAGUGGCUGCAGCCGAGGCCUUUGAGCUCAAACCCGCAAUAGUCGCUUCUUCGGAGAUCAUCUCACUACAGAGAUUGCGGGUAGCAUUUUCGUUUAUACUCUCGAGUUAUAUCGCACCGUCGCAAGCAUCUUCACUAAAAGCCCUGCUGCUGGAAAAGAAGGGCCUUGCCGACUUUGCGGCAUUGGAUGAGUACCUCGCCCAAGUUGCCAAGUUCAGACAAGACGCUGUAGCGUCGCGGUCUGUGGCAGACUACUCGCGGAAACGCGUGCUGGACGACGACGAGCUCGCGGAAAGGGCCGAAAAGAAGCGCAGGAAGGAAGAAGAGGACAAGCGCCAAAAGGCCGGAACGAGCAGAGGCGUGAAGAACCUGGGUAAAGUCAAUGUCGCCGGCAUGAAGAAGAUGAGCGACUUCUUUAAGAAGAAGUAAACAUCCGACGGAAGCAAGACCAGUUGGUCACAAAGCCAUGAGAAUGGCGCUUGGUGUCUAGGUCUCGUUAUGGCGUUGUCUAUGUCUGGGUAUAUAGUGUGUGGCUCU